AUGGAGCACUUUUUGGCGAUUUGCUGCUAUGGCGGCGAGCCGUUCAUCGAUUUUCACGACAAAAUCGCCAUCGAUCCAACCGAUUGGGAAGCGCAGAUUGUUCAAGACGCCGCCAAUCGAGCAAACUACUUUCAUGGUUUGAGAAAUGUCGACAUCUCGAUGUGCCAUUUAUUCAACAUCACGUUCAGCGAUGCCGCCGAUCAAUUUCUAUACGAUUCGUUCAAAGCGGCGUUCGAAUGCAGGUGCCCAACUAGUCGACUCGGUGCUCACUGUGAGCUUCCAUCAACUACCACCACCACCACUGUGAGCCCGACGACGACGAGAAUUGUCGCCACCACAUCGCUUCAACAAUUUUCCCAGCAAUCGUUGGCACUUGUCGACAACGGUAGUCGGCUACCGUACUCGAUGAUCCUCGUGCUCGCCGUCGUGCUGCUCGCGUUCAUGGGAAUUCUCGCGAUGAUGGUUCGCGGGUGCCUCUGCGAUUGCUUUUUGCCGUCGAGACGUCGGGAUCCUCAUGACGCACCACUGGAUCCUGAAGACGUGCGCAAGUGCCUUCAGAAGGUUCGCGAGAACCAGGCAGCAAGGGAAAUGGUUUGUGAGCCACUCGUCUCCCAUCCGCCACCAUUGGUGGCUGACUCAUACUCGGCUCCGUAUGCCGCCCAAUUACCUCCAAUCCCGCCAAACCAGACCUAUCCAAAUGCUCCUCAGCUUCCAACGAACCCUAAUUUCCGCUCGUCCUCUCCACCACCGGCCUACAACGAUGUUAUGAGAAAUCCGUCGCAAUUUUCUUCAACACCGAUUUAA